AACAACAUAAUGCAUAUUCAUAGAAUUCCCACGGUGUGCUAAAAAAUCUGCACAGCUUCGUUAACUUUUGAUAUUUUACUAACUUUAUCCAAAAUGGAAGAAUUAUCCUGGACCAAUGUGCAUUCCCAGGAUAUUCAAAUCGAAGCUGAGUCGUUCUGGAGAGCAAUUGACAUUUGGUGGCUGAAACCACAGGUUAUUAAUCGUCGAAUCUCGGCAUCAGUAGAGCAGCACAAAAUCAGCGGACUCUCAGAAAGCACUGCGGCCGGAUCUCUGGCGGAGCUGUCACGAGUAACGCCUGCUGUUCGGCUUCACGAGCAAUGGCUUUUUAGUCUGUUGAACGAUCUGAAGCAUCUCACUUCCCAAGAAGAAAACACAACUUCGAUUUCUUUUGAAAAAUGUAUAGAUCAUCAUGUCUCUCUUCUCGAGGAGUCUAAGAAUGAGACUAUGUCAAAUAACCAAGUUUCAAAAUGUGAAUCAGGCAGUGUCGGUGAAGAAAAAGUUACAGAACAAGUGGCUGAAAUCGUCACAGACAAUCACACAGGAGAAAUGGAAAAUGAAGAAUCAUUGUUACUAGAUAAAAGCAAGAUGUGUGUGAUUUGCAUUAGGAAGCUGUUGCCAAGAAGGGCCUCAGAUGCUGUUGUCCAUGAAGUAGGGAUAUUUGAUCAUGAGAGAAAUGAAGCAACCUUUACUUUGCUUGAAUGUGGCAGCAAAGAAGCCAAAUUCCCAUCCUACAAAUUUUCCUUCCAGUGCAGUAGAAUAUCUCUCCAUGUUGAUGACAACUACAAAUCUGCUCCAUAUUCCUCAUCUAUACCCUCCAUUGAAUGGCUAGGAAAUACUCUUGCCCCCAAACUCACCAAAUGGGCAAGUGAGAUCGUAGGAUCCGGUCAGGUUGUGGUGGUGAAACCUUUGGUACCGAUGGACAGGUAUACUGAACUCUACAGGGAGAUGAAACAGAAGUAUGGCACUGAGUUUGUCAAGAUUUGGCCAGAGAAUACAGACCCUCAAAAGUUUGUGUAUGAGGAUGUUGCCAUAGCAACUUACUUGAUCCUUCUCUUUGAAGAGGAGAGAAAGGAGACUGGUGAUGACAAGAAGCAGUCCUACGUCGACCUAGGAUGUGGGAAUGGUCUUCUGGUGCACAUACUGAACAGUGAGGGGUACCCAGGCAAAGGCAUUGACCUGCGAAGGCGGAAGAUCUGGAGUCUCUACGGCCCUGAAACCCACCUUGAGGAAAGCACCAUCAUCGCUUCCAUGGAAACGUCUUUCAAGGACACUGAUUGGUUGAUUGGUAAUCACUCUGAUGAGCUCACUCCCUGGAUCCCUGUCAUGGCAGCCAGGUCAUCGUACAAGACGCGUUACUUUGUUCUCCCAUGCUGCUUCCAUGACUUUGAUAGUAAGUUCGGUCAGAGGGUGGGGGGUGAGACCCAGUAUCGCACCUACCUCAACUUUGUCCGAGAAGCAGGAGAGAUGUGUGGCUUUGAGGUUGAAGAGGAUAAGAUGAGAAUACCUUCAACCAAAAAGAUCUGCCACGUUGGCAGGAGAAAGACCUAUGCUGCAGAAGAACAUCCACAAGUCUUGGCAAGAAUGGAGGAGUAUGUUGCUUGUCGAUGCAGGAAAUCAGCGUGCCAUAAAAGAAAAUCCCACCUUAUCGAUUCAGUCCGGGACUCUGAAUCCAGUAGAAUUUGUCCUGUUUCAUCGCUUGAGACAGGAAUUGGUGCUGACUCAGCAGAGAGUACAGCAUGUGACUGUAAGGAUACAGAAUGCACUCACAAGAGAGAAUUGACCAGCUCUGACAGCAGCUCAACUGAAGGACAGUGCCUGGGAGGGGAGGGGGACACCGACAAGAACUUGGCGCCCAACUUCAAGCCACGAGCGGUGGAGGAGAGAGUGAAGAACUGCUCCAGAGUUGAGAGGUCAUUGAAAGAUCGCAUCACUUUGGAGGUUGCCUGGGCGAUACUGGAGGAUGGUGGGGUGAGGAGGACGAGCAAGGAUGGAGAUGAAGUUCAAGGAGGUGGUGGCGUCCAGGAUGACACUGGGAGGAGCUCAAAGAUGCCUAAACUGUGGAGACGAGGAGGUUCUAUAGGUCUGGGUGAUGCUGCGAAGCUCUUUGAUGGCCCUACCCUCAAGAACUUAAAGAGCGAGUGCGGAGGACUCAAAACCCUGCUCAAGAACUACAAUCCAGUAUUUGAGAUUAUUAAGAGCAAGGUCUCCCUGAAGGACUGGUCUCAGUUACCUUCAUCUGAUGCAACGGACCCGGUAUCAUCCAGCGGCAGUUCAUCCAGAACAGCAUCGCGGCAGUCAGAGAAGAAAGACAGAGAGAGACAGCAGCUCUACAAGACCAAGCUGUGCUGGUUUCACGAGCACCAUCCAGACAGCUGCCCAAGAAUGGCAGAAGCCUGUCCGUUUGCCCAUGGACAAGUGGAGCUCAGAAGCAGGCCAACGUUUGGAAAAGCCCCUGUGAUAUAAGAAACUAUUUCUGCAAGAGGACAAAUUACAACAAUAUACAUGAUGUGCAGUUAACAACUAGAUUUUUCAUACCCCUUGUAAAUUUGAUGUUUGUUGUUGUUGUGUUUUUCUUAACUCCAGAUCAAAAGGUGGACUGGUUAAAUGUGGGCUUUUGUUGAAUACAUUUAGAUGUAAGUUUUAAUAUGUCACAUUCUCAUGAAACAUAAAUUGGGACAACCAAUUUUUUUUUAAUUGCAAAAAUUAUUAAGGAUAUAAAUAAUUUAUUUGUUAACUGUAUAUUGUUAGAAGACAUAAAAUUGUCUCCAAAAACAAUUGAGAUAUAUUCAAAAGUUUAAUGAUUAAAAUGCAUAAAGGAGGGGGGGGGGUGAUUUUAUAUCUAAGGCCAGUACAGAAGUAAACUUGGAGAAGACUUCAUUAGCCCAAAUUUUAUGUGAUGCACUGACUAGUCUAGUCACUAAUUGUAUUUACAUUUUAACAAGUGUGCAAUCUCUGUAUCAACUUGCCAUGUUUCUUUCCAGACUAGCUAUGUCUAAAGCUCAUAUUUCAAUUAUGCCAUUAUUUGACAUACCUGUAAAAGCGUAAAACUCUAAAACACACAGUGCAAAAGGUUAUUGGUGGUUGGUCCCUUUAAGAAGGCCAAAGUCAAAUAUCAUGCUUAGGUUUUGAGUUGGUUGUCACCACUUCACAAACUAGUAAAAGCAUACCUUGUUUAUUUGUAAGAUGAUUGGAAAAUUGCAGCAUACAGGCCACAUGAGUUCUACACACACUUAUUGUUUCUCAGACUAUCAUUCAAAACAAAGAAAAAUAUUUGUUGAACUGAUUUGAUCAUGCUUUGUUGUAUUAAUUUUAGUUUUUAUAGAAGACAUAGAUCUUGAAAUUGUAAUGUUUUAAAGACACAUAUAAGUGGGCUUUCAUGGGGAAAUUUUAUGAUCAACAAGCUUUAUGUAUUAAAUACUCAGUGUUUUCCCCACAUAGUUAAGUCCUUAUCUGACAUUUGCACCACCAUAAGACUCUCUGAAACACAAGGGGGUAUUUCUUGUUUGGCCUACAGGUUUGGUGUGUGCAGACUUGUACACCCAUGAAAUGGUAUUUCCACCAAGACUGGUGUCGGUGAAUUAUGACCUACACAUGGAAACUGACGAUCCCCUUCACUUUUAAACAUUGAUUUAGUAUUUAUGUCAAAACUUGUGCUGCAGAUGAAAACAUGGAAGAAUGUUUUGUGACUUCCCUCAAUUCUUUUGCUUGAUCUGUCUUCCACUUGUACAUGUAUGUUAUACUUCAGUUUUUAAACAAAAAGUAUGAAUGAUGUUUCCAUACACAGAGAUUUCCUACUAUUAAAAGGAACUGCUACUUGUAAUACUUGAUC